GCCGCCAUGAACACCAAGAUCCUCCUCGUGCUGGCCUUCGCCGCCGUCGCCGCCGCUGACAAGCCGAGCUUCUCCUAUGGCGCCCCCAGGGUAGCAUCCAGGGAAUCAUUUGAGUCCACUGAGGCCAAGUACGACUUCCAGUGGACCGUCGACCACGACGACUCCGGCAACGACUUCGGACACCAGGAGGCUCGCGAUAACGACAACACUCAGGGAUCCUACUACGUGCAGCUCCCCGACGGCCGCCUGCAGAGGUCACUUACUACGUGAAUGGAGACUCUGGCUACGUAGCUGACGUCAGCUACGAGGGCGAGGCUCGCUAUGACUCAGCUGAGUCCCGUGAAGAUCCCAGACCCGUCUAUUCAGCCCCCAAACCCGUCUACUCAGCCCCCAGACCACGUUUCCCUGACUCACGUGAGUCCUUCGAGAGGCCCGCACCCAUCCCCGUCAGACCUCGUCACUUCGACUCCCGUGAAUC